UCCCGGAAGCGACGGCGGUGGAGGGGGCUGACGACUGUCUGGGACCUGUGACUUCGGAACGUCGGUGGGAGGUGGCGCGGCGUGGGGUGGGGCGGGCCUGAGGGAACGCUCCGGGGCUCGGUGGCCCUUCCGUCCCCCCUGGCCGUCCCUGCCCAUCUCUCCCCUGGGCCAGCGUCCGGGAUGCAGACAGCAGCUCGGGACCUGAGUGCGCCAGAGGUGAGCCCCGGCGUGAUGCCCGAGGUUCUCUCUGAGAGUCCACCUGCCCCGACCAAGUCCACAGCGUUUGAUCUUUUCAACCUGGUUCUGUCCUACAAGAGGCUGGAGAUCUACCUGGAACCCCUGAAGGACGCAGGUGAUGGUGUUCGGUACUUGCUAAGGUGGCAGAUGCCUUUGUGUUCCUUGAUGACCUGCCUGGGCCUCAACAUCUUGUUCCUCACUUUGAAUGAGGGUGCCUGGUACUCCAUGGGUGCCUUGAUGAUUUCGGUGCCUGCCCUGCUGGGCUACCUUCAGGAGGUUUGCCGGCCACAGCUGCCAGAUUCGGAGCUGAUGCGGAGGAAAUACCACAGCAUAAGGCAGGAGGACCUACAGAGAGUUCGCCUUUCCCGACCGGAGGCUGUGGCUGAGGUGAAGAGCUUCUUGAUUCAGCUGGAAGCCUUCCUGACCCGCCUGUGCUGUACCUGUGAGUCAGCCUACCGUGUGCUACACUGGGAGAACCCCAUGGUGUCCUCACAGUUCUAUGGCGCUCUCCUGGGCAUGGUUUGCAUGCUCUACCUGCUGCCUCUCUGCUGGGUCCUUGCCCUUUUAAACAGCACGCUCUUUCUGGGAAACGUGGAAUUCUUCCGAGUGGUGUCUGAGUACAGGGCUUGUCUGCAGCGGCGGAUGAACCCCCAGCAGGAAGAGUAUGCCUGUGAGAGUUCAGCACUGCAGGAUGCCGGGGGAAGGAGUUCUCUGCUGGACAGCACACCUGAUCCUACACCCACAGAGGACCUCACGCCAGGCAGUGUGGAAGAGGCUGAGGAGGCUGAGCCAGAUGAAGAGUUCAAAGAUGCAAUUGAGGAGGAUGAUGAGGGCACCCCGUGCCCAGCAGAGGAUGAGCUGGCCCUGCAGGACAAUGGGUUCCUCAGUAGGAAUGAGGUGUUGCGCAGCAAGGUGUCACGGCUUACAGAACGGCUCCGCAAGCGCUAUCCCACCAACAACUUUGGGAACUGUGCGGGCUGCGCUGCCACUUUCUCGGUGCUGAAGAAGAGGCGGAGCUGCAGCAACUGUGGGAACAGUUUCUGCUCUCGGUGCUGCUCCUUCAAGGUGCCCAAGUCCUCCAUGGGGGCCACAGCUCCUGAAGCCCAGAGAGAGACUGUGUUUGUGUGUGCCUCCUGUAAUCAGACCUUGAGCAAGUGAGAAGAGGAGAGAGAGAGGCCAGGCUCCCUCUGUCCCGGGGGCCACCAGUAGACCCUCCUCUCCCAACCCCGGUCCUCUGAGGCGUGUGCUGGGCAAAUGUAGCCUGACAGCUAGGUCCUUCCCGCCCACCCGCCCGUCCCCUGCUGCCUCCAGCUGGGCUGGUGACCCUCUAAGGCCCACGGGGAGAGGGGCCCCUGGAGCUGUUUGCCCUGAACCACCCUGUGCCCUGUUGACUCUGGACUGGCCAGAGAAUGGCUACCAGAGGGCGGAACUGAGCAUAGUCUGCUCUCAGCUGAGCUCUGAUGGUC